AUGGAGCCUGCCCCAACCAACCUUUCUUUGGAGAUGCCGCUGGGCAAUGCUUCUUUGUCAGAGGGGGGUGAGUCAGCAGUGGCCCUGGGAGCUGUACUAAGCCUGAUGUGUGCCACAGGGGUGGCCGGGAACCUCUACGCCUUGGCUGUCGUGCGGGCCUCACCAUCAGCCUCCUCAUUGCGUGUCCACCUUGUCAACCUGGCCCUGGCAGACUUGCUGUACCUUUCAACAGCCCCCUUUAUUGUGCACAAUGGGUUGGUGAAGGAUUGGCCUUUUGGGGAGGCAGGUUGCCGGGUCCUCCUCAGUCUCGACCUCCUCACCAUGCACGCCAGCAUCUUCCUGCUCACUCUGAUGAGCUGCGAACGCUACACCGCUGUGGCACACCCCUUUCAAGCGGCGCGCCGUGCCCAUCGGUGCCGCCGGCCUUUGGCGAUUGCGAUCUGGCUCCUCUCCUUCGCCCUUGCCCUCCCUAUGAUGGUGAUGAUCCACCAAGAGGAGCGCAUGGUGGGCAACGGAGCCGUCGUCCGGCGUCUCUGCUCCCCAACCUGGAGUGAGGAGCAGUACCGGGUGUACCUGAGCAUCCUUUUCAGCACCAGCAUUGUUGUCCCGGGGCUUGUCAUUGGGUCCCUCUACUGGCGCCUGGCAAGGACCUACUGGCUUUCACAGACCCGCAGUGGAUUAGGGCGCUCUCCCAAGAACCGUGUAUUCCUCCUCAUCUUCAUCAUCGUCUUGGCCUUUUGGGCUUGCUAUCUGCCCUUUUGGAUUUGGCAGCUCCUGCCCCUUUACUGCCCACUGGCCACCCGCCUGCCUGUCCACACCGAGAUCUCCAUCAACCAUUUGGUGACCUGCUUGACUUAUGGCAACAGCUGCAUCAAUCCUUUCCUCUACACCUUGCUGACCCGCAACUACCGGGAGUACCUGCGUGCUCGGCAGCGGGGGACAUCGCAUGCUUCCUUGCGAUGCCUCCAAAGCAGAGGCCGGCCUCAGGGGGAUGACGCAGAGGUCUAA